CGUGGAGAUGCGGCCUCAUUCUUUUCUCGCAUUUUCUGCAGUUGAACUGGUGCCCGACUACAGAUGAGGGGAAAGUGUUCGCCUCUCCUCCUCCUGUUUGAAACUCGGGGAGCAGAGCCAGCAUUCUCUUUUUCGGCGUCGCUGAUCAUACUUCUCCGUGGCCACUUGCACGGUCCUGAGUAUAGCUGUCAAUGGUUGAUGCUGCUGUUGGACGGUACGGUGGAAGUUUUCCUGGUUGCGGCUUUGUGCUGCCUGAUGCGUGUCGGAGGGGGAGCUGUGGCGAGCCAUGGUGGCCGGAGAGGGGGAAGCGAUGUGACUGGCCCGCCCCCACCUACGGACAUGACCAAGCGCUCGCCUCUCUGGUGGCGGGUGAAAGGGCGACUCUCGCUCCCACCGCUAGGGGCGCCGCCAACGCGAAUGUCAGCUCUCUGGAAGAGGCUGUCCCCUGUCACCUGUCUCUCACUCGUCUGGGGCCACGAGGAGGGAACGACAAUGGUCACGCGCUUGAAGAAGAACUUCCCUUACGUCGCCUGGUGUAGUAGUUGGGAGCCUUGCCUCAACAGCACCUUUAGUAAGAGUUCAUGA